CUGGGAAUGGAGAGUCUACCUCCAGUAACAAUCAUUCUACACUCAGCAGAUAUGACGUGGAAGACGAAGACGACUACGACGCGAGACAGGCCGAGUUCAUGCGUCGGAGGCGGAAGACUGAUGCAAAGAGGAGACAGAGGGGAGAGACAUUUAUGGAUCAAAGAAUAGUUCAUGUCAGAGCCGGUGUAGGCGGCGACGGCUGCGUAGCCUUCCACCGCGAAAAGUGGAAACCCAUGGGACCACCAUCAGGCGGCAACGGCGGCGCCGGUUCCUCCGUAUACCUCCUACCCACCCCGCACCUCACCACCCUCUCCUCCGUGCGGCGCAUCGUCAAAGGCGCGCCCGGCGGGACCGGCGGGGGCACCUGGCGCAACGGCAAGGACGCCGAGCCGACCAUCAUCCGCGUCCCGCUCGGCACCGUCGUGCGGCAGCUCCCCUUCGACGACCCGCGGCGCGCCAAGGACGCGUGGGAGCGCUUCGAGGAGCGGCUGGAGGGCCUCGAUCCUGAAGAGCGGCUGAAGAAGAUCAGGGAAAGAAGGUGGGUGCACUACCCCGGCUUCGAGGACGACAACCUGCAGCGCGAGACGUUUAAGGAGGCGGACCGCAUGCUCGCGGCGGAGGAGCGCGCGAUCCGCAUGCGCCGGCUCCGCAGAGGGUUAAUCCAUCUUGACCUCGACAAGGCAGUCGAGACGCCCGAGACGGAGCGUGACGCCGACGCUCCCUUGGGCCUCCCGCGUACGAAGAACUGGGGAUACCUCAUCGCCGAGGGCGGCGCGGGCGGGCUUGGCAACCCGCACUUCCUGAGCAAGACGAACAGGUCGCCGAAGACGGCGAGCCGCGGGAUGGACGGCGAGUGGGUGUCGCUCGAGCUCGAGCUGAAGAUCCUCGCGGACGUUGCGCUGGUGGGCAUGCCGAACGCAGGCAAGAGCACGCUCGUGCGUGCGUUGACUGGCGGGCGCGUGAAGAGCGAGGUCGCGGGAUGGGCGUUUACGACGCUGAACCGGGUGGUCGGAGUUGUCAGGAUCGGGCCUAAUGGCUGGGUGGGCGGCGAGGAGGGUAAGGUCUACGACGAGACGGCUCUGGAGCAGGGUAGGCUUAGAGAGGGAAUGGACGUCCGGGGAUACGUCGACGGGGAAGGCGAAAACUCAGCCUCGGACGCAUCUCACCAGGAACAGGUGCCCGACAGCGACCGACCGUCGUACGAUUCGACCAUCGGCGAGAAGUUCCGUUUCACCAUUACGGACAACCCGGGGCUCAUCGAGCACGCCUCGGAGAAUAAGGGCCUUGGCCACUCCUUCCUUCGUUCGAUCGAGCGCUCGCACGCGCUUGUCUACGUCGUCGAUCUCUCCUGCGACGCCCCGUGGGAGGAGUUGCGUGUCCUGCGGGACGAGCUGGAGAAGUACCGCGAGGGAAUGAGCGGCAAGGCACGCAUGAUCAUCGCCAACAAGGCGGACCUGCUGGGCGCCGAUGGGGGCGAGGAUGUGGAAGAGGCGAGACGUAAGCUAGCCAGGCUUGAGGACUUUGUGAAGACCGAGAUGCGCCUUGAGGAUGGAGAGGGAAGGACCCUGGACGUCGUUCCGGUCUCGGCGAAGUACAGUAUGAAUCUGAGGAAGGUCGUCGAUUUGAUGGUCGGGUACGUGGAGGAGGCGAGGAGCAAGGUAGCUCUCCAAGAAGAUAACGAAAGCAGCUUACUACAGGAUGGUUUUGAGGACUAAUGCCCUUGUAUCAUCACCCUUGCGUUUCGUCGUGACGGAUACUACUAACGCGAUCCUUGAUCCUAUAGCUAAUAAAUACAACCAUAUCGCUAAAAAUGAAGGUCGAAUUUCGCGAAGUGAAGAUAUAUAUACUAUCGC